AAAGCUCUAUUUCAAAAUCAAGAAAGGAAAACACUAGCAGCAAAAAGUUGAUCCAGUCUUUAUAAACUAGUUCUAUUAUCCACCAACUAAUUGAAGAAUUUCUUAGCCAUGUUUAGACUACACCACAUCAUGCAGGGGCGGAUCCAGAACAAAUUUAAAGGAGGGGCAAUUGGUAAAGGGGGCGCUGAAAUUUUUUCAGAAAUUGGUGAUGAGAGUACGCUAAAUACAACAAUUUCGACCUUAACACUGACAGAAGGCUUCCUAUUAACCUUCUAAAGGAAAUUUUCAAAAUUAUUGUGCCAUACCAUUUCCAAAAAGGGGCGCCAGACUUGCUUCAAUUCAGUGAUGGAGGGGCAAACUGCCCCUUGUUGCCCCCCCUAUAAAUCCGCCAUUGCAUACAUGCUCCACCUAUGUUCUCGGCAAGUUUCUUUACUUGAAACGAUCAUGACCAAAACUCUUAGCAAAUCAGUAUCAUUAGUAAAUAUUUGCGCCCAAAGACUCUAGAGAUGAUACGAAAAGGAUGCCAUUUUUAUCCAUUUAACAAAAGAAAGUCUCGUGUUACUUGACUAGGAAUAAUUUGGAAUAGCUAUGCAAUAGAUAAGUGAAUAUUGAAUCACUGAAAAUAUAACCUCAAUAUGUCAUCGGAGUUUUACAUUUAUCGUGGUUGAGAAGCUCGGGUUUCUACUAAUUUGAUAGUAAAGUUCAAAGGUACAUUCUAAAAAUUAUUACAUUAAAGACCAUUCACUGUUUUUAAAGUUUUUAACUGUAUGUAUGUGGAUCUAAGCCUUGUCGAAUGUUUUGAAAGUAUAACUGUUAAAACGAACUUUGUUCAAUGUUCUCUGUACUGACAUUUUAACCAAGACUCUCGCCAAAAUCCCUUAAACAUCUAUGGUACCAUAAGAUUUGCCAUCGAGGCAUUUUACUUCCCCCCCCCCUUGAUCAUCACGCUUAAUAGGCUAGCCAAUAAGGUGCGUUCUAGCCUUCAGUCGUGUUCUCUUGGUUCAUAACUCUCCCUGGGUCUUUACUAAUACGCUGAUAAACUAUGGGAUUAGUUUGCAAAUCAGGCUCCAAAGCUAUUCAUACUGAAGCCCAUGUUCAAUUAGGGGAGAUGCUAUUUAUGAUAUCAAAUGACAGAAUACUGAGGUUCAUGCACAAAUCAGCCAAAAGGAAACAAUAAGUUUGUUGCUAAGUUCAGAAAAACAGAGCUUAGUCGUGUAUUCUAGCAUGGCUUUAAGCCAUGACCCAACCCAAUGAAAUUGCUUUUUUUAGGAAUAUAGCAAGACACUUUCUAAGGCUGUCUAUGUGCUGAUCAAAGUAUUUUGUGAAGAUCGGCCAGAAAGGGCAGUCGAUGUAAAAGAGGGAAAGGGGAGUCAAUGUAGAAAAGGGAAAGGUCAGGUAGUAGAAAAUAGUUAUGCUACAGUGAGACCUUUAGAAUCAUGGUCUCAGCUAUUCCUUCAGAUAAAACAGAAAAGUACUUCAACAGUGCAAUGACUUACUUUUGUCUGCUUAGGUUUCUCUAAUUUCUUCCAUUUCAACUCCAUUACUAAUAUCUAUUGACAAUGUCUGUCUACAACCUCUGUUUUCAACCUAUUCAAACUAGGACUAGGAAACUAGGACAACCUAGAACUGGCAAUGAAAAACAAAAUUUGUCCAAGGUGCUUGAGUUUUGAGUUUUGAUUGUUGAAAAGAAACUCGACUAAAGAUGGGUGUGUUAUGAUGACACGUAGAGACUUGCCUCCGAAAACGCUUAAGGGAAGGCCCUAAAAUAACAUUUAAAGCCGAUUUCGUCAUAUGAAUUCAGGGUUCUAGCUUUUGAAUAAAGUUAAAGGCCUUGAUUUGAUCACAGGAAAUUAUUCACCCAAAUAGUUCCAGAAAGAUUUCCGAAAAGCAAAUCUCUGCAGCAGUUCCGACAGAUAGGAUAAUCGAGAGAUUCAUCUAUUUCUGCGAUACAUUUUAGCCUUAAAACUUUGCUCUUUCGUUUAUGGUAGACUAUCAGCUUAAAACUGUUAUUAUAUGUUGCCUGUACGGAAUUUGUGACAAUUCGUUUCAUCAUCUAGACAGUGAAGGAUCAUGCGCAAUAAGACUUCAACUCUCAUCACAUCCGAGAAGAAAACGGUAUUUAAAAGUAGCUUACACAUUUGAGCCACAUUGCUGCGAUUCUGUCACAGUUUACUAUAUUUGGCCUGACCUUGAGAGCAGUGCUAACGAUAUAUAUUAAGUUAUCAGUAACGGGAUAAUUUAGAUUUAACCGAUUAGAAACGGUAACACCCUCGUAAUUCCCAGGAAGCUUGGUCAGUGAGUUGGUUACAUUUUCAUAAAAGCUCUUCGUGUAAAUCGAAGGAUACACCAACAAGCGUCUGGUCCUUCGUCAGUGCCUUUCUAGAAGAUCGUCAAGUAAUUUACAGAAGGAGUGGAAUUGCUGACAUAUUAGAGCGAUGACGGAAUAGCUUCACGUCACACAGAUCGACAAUAACAAGAUGGAAGAAAAGGCAAGAAAGUAUUGCUCGUUGUAUAAAAUGCAACCAACACUAGCUUUGACUUGCAUGUACAGGGACUUGUCGCAAAAUUUGAUUAAUGGGUUGUGUGAUUUAUUACUGAGUUGGUGUCUGUAUGCCGCAGAAUGUGAUGAUGCAUUUUUUGACUUCAACAUCCCAAUCGACUUUGAGCAGUUGCACUCAUUUACAUUUGAACUUCUCUCACGAAAACAAAAUGACACACUUGUCAUUUCAAGAGCUGUUUAUUUACUACGCAAUCAGAAGACUCCAUUGAAGAACUUGACUAAUAUUUUGAAAAAUCUAGAGCAAUGUAAGCACAGUGAAACAGUAAUGAUUCUAUUGGCAGUUAUAAAUGCGAGAAUCGGUAAGGAUGUCGAAUGUAUUUCGUUAUGCAAGACAUUGUCGAGAACAUCUGACUUGGACCACGUACGAUCGAGGCUACAUCUGCUCAGCAACGCUGACUUGGAAUUAUUGAAAUUGAUCAUGCAAGGGAAUGAAUUGAAGAAUGGUAGCACUGCAGUAAAUAUAGGAAUUAAUAAUAGUGGGUACACAAAAGAGGAUCAGCUGGGAAAAAAAGGGAGUAGAAAACACGAUGUACUUUCAGCGACAAGUGUCGUGGGUCUCCAUUCGACGGAAAUCGUAGAGACGUCUUUUUUUGAAAGCGAAGCAACUUCGAAUAUCUUUCUUGAUGAAGUAUUGGACACUCUGGCCAAAAAGAUUGAGUUGUCUACAUACUUAGGAGCAAUCCUAGACUUUCAUAUUCGAGCUGGUAGAACGUUUCAUGCGCUAUGGACCCUUAUAGGUUUCUACCGAGACAACGACAGUAUUCCGAGACUUGAUACAGCCACAGCACUUCAGCUGCACGAACCUUUGUUGCACAUUGUGAAAGGGCUGAAAGAUGCAUGUAUCGAUGAAAGGAACGAAGGGAAAGAAUCCUCCCAGAAACUAGCUGAAAGGGCAGUCAUUUAUUGCAAAAUUGCCAAGUAUUUUGAUAUUGUGGAUAUCGAAGCAAGUGUAAUAUAUAUGGAAUGCUUAAAUCAAACAGGCAGGACAACCGAGGCUUUAGACCUUGGAAAAGAGCUUUUAGGCGAGGAGAAGCAAAAAGAGGAUGUUUUGUUUGCUUUGGCUUUAUGCAAGCUCAAUCAAGGAAAGUAUUUUUCGGCUCUGAAUGAUAUAAAUCAGGCAAUAAAACUGACAACCCAAAAGCCUGAUCAUAUUUCUUUGCGUGGAUUUACAAAUAUUCUUGCAGGUAGUUUGGAGCAAGGCAUGGCUGAUAUUACUGCAGCAUGUAAAGACGAAAUUUCUGUUCCUGUUUCAAUGUUCAGGGGCCUGAAGCUUGCAGAUCAAAAGAAGAUUAAAGAACGGAUAAUUCAGUGCAUCAGAUCUUACUUGGACGUCGGUCUUAUCAGAGAAGUUGAUAGCGAAGACGACUUUGAGGGAUUUAAUUUCGAUGAAACGCAGCAGGAUUCUGAAAACAAACUUCACCAGAUAAGACGUCAAUGUGAGUUUCUUACGAAGGUUUACCAAAGGGAUUUGUCAGUUCAUUUGAUAUAUGCAGACGUGUUAGUGCGGCUAAAAAGAUAUGAAGAUGCGCAGGAGCUAUUGGUACUCUUCAUACAAAAAGUUCCUGAGGAUCCCUUUCCCAUGAUUCACCUUGCAAACUUGAGAAUGAGGCUAGGAGCGUACGUUGCAGCCGUGCAAGAUUUCCGCAUUAUAAACUUAGCAAUCGGAAGUGUAAGAUUCGCCGAAUUUCUAAUGCAGCUCCCAAUUGAGGACCGACAAGAAAUCGCGAGAGUGCAUCGCCAACACGGAUUUCGAUAUUUACAAAGCAAUAAAUCGUAUGCUGAUGCUAUAGAAUGCUUCAACAUUGCGAUAAUUGCUUUAUGCGGAGCAGCUACCGGCCUAAUUCUAGUGCGAGGUUUCUGUUACGCGAACCUUGGCGAUUACGAGCUUGCGCUGAAUGACUUUUUAUCUGUUCUUGAUCGCGAACCUGAUAAUACAGCUGCAAUAGUGAGCAGGUCCGUGAUUUAUUCGGUCUUUGACUACGAAGAAGAGACCUUAAAAGGACUGGGAACUAUACUCAAAGACAACAAAGAUGUAGCAGUUAAAGUAUUGCAGAAAGUCCCAAUAACUUGCGUGCGAUUGUUUACGACUUCACUGAAGAACUAUGUAAGCAAGGUAUUAGAUGACCGAACAGGUAUAAUAGACCCCAAUUCUGUUGAACUUGCAGGAAUUUAUUCAGAAUUUUUAAGUACGACCUUCAAAACAACGCAGUAUCGAUGCCUCUAUUCGAAGUAUUUGUUAACUUACGGAAAAUAUGAAGAUUCAUUACGCGAAGUCGAGGCUGUUCUAAGAACGGAACAGGACUGUGAAACAGCCUUGGCACAAAAAGUAUUCUUGUUAGCAAAGAUGUCGAAGAUGCGAGAUUGUCUAUGUGUUAUGCGGACAAUUGAUGAUGUUGAUGCAGAGGAGCUUGAGUACUACGUAGGGAUGCUGCGUAUCAGCGAAAAGAAUGCACUGCGGAGCAUCGUUUUGUCUGAAGCGAAGAUCAAGUCGGAAGCAAAGGACCAUGCCGCAGCAAUAAGAUGGUACAGUCUUGCUUUAAUUGUUAUCGGACGGAAAGACAUCGAACUUCUACGUGGCAGGUUCGAGGCUUAUAUCGACGAAGGGCUUAUUGAAAAAGCUUUGAUCGAUAUAUCAGCAAUCAUUGACGUCAAGCCUACGUAUGAAGAUUAUUGUACUAGAGCCAAGCUGCAUGACAGUAUUGGAAAAGAAAAAUUAGCAUGGAAUGAUUACAUGAGAGCGAUAGAAUUAGACGAAGAGCGCACCAUUGCGUUGCUGAAUGAACAGUCAAUAUUGAAACACGUACUAUGUUUGUUCUGUAUCGCUGCUAAUGGUGCUUUUGUAAGAGAAAGAUACAAAGAAGUAUUAAGACUGUGUGAUUUUGGGCUAAAGUUGGAUCCCAACCACAAAGGGCUCAAGCAAUUGAGAUACAGAACUAAGUGUGUUGUAAACAGAUGUAUAAUUCAGUAAUUCCAAUACGAUUUUAAGAUUCCAUUUUACUUACCAUUUGAAUAUGUGCUCCUGCAUAUCAAUAACUGUUAGAUUUUCAGACCCUUAAGGCAAUUGUCAAGAUGUCACCCUUGGGCAACAAAGCACUUCAGAUCUAAAAGAAAUUCGUGUAUACUCACAUAAUCCCACUUUGCUUAAACAAAUUUCAAUUGAUUUCACUUGUAAAAUAUUAGCUUACUCGUAUAGCAGAUACAAGGCAACAGGUAUGUACAAAACAAAGGAAAAGCCUUACCAUUAAUGCAUUCUCUCCCUCAUCCUAUGUGUUUUCUCGGUGCCUGCAAGUGUAACACAACUGUGUUAGAAAAUGACACAUUUUGAAUAAUUUUCUUGUAAAUUCCAGUUCGUGAAGUAACAUUUAUCGAAUUUAUCUCUAGUUUUUAUUUAUCAGUCGUUGAUGACAAUACAUUUAGUAAACAUGCUUCUCCAUAUUGAAUUUGUCUUGCUGUUCACACAAUGUAUCGUACAGGUAACGAGAAUUCAAAACAAUUUAGCCAUCAACUGUUAUGUUCGAAUUGCUUCUAUAUUUACUUAGAUACUGAUAUCGAGGAAAGUACCGGAUUUUGCAAAGACUAGGGUGAAUAAGUGCUUGAUGAUGUUCAUUGGAUAUCAACAAGAGUGCUCAUUUUGCUACCAAAAGAGCUAGUUAAUGGGAAGAUGAUAAUAUAAAGGUCUAACAAACAGAGUAAGGAAAGCCCUAAUGCUCUCGUGUCUGAUAAAAAUUGUUUUCGAAACAAUUUGCCACCUUACUCUGAUAUUCUUCAGGGAUUGCGUGAUGUAAAGAAUGAUAUGACGAAAGCGAGGCAAUACAGGGGACCUAAGGUUUUGGCCUAGAAUUCGUCCAGAAACUUUACAGCCUAGCCAUUGCUCCGUUUAAAAUGACAAUCUUUGCAGGAUCUUUCACCAAAAGAACGCAGAGAUCACAUCAACUUUUGAAAUGUCUUGGGUUAUUUGCAGAAGCAGGAUACAAACUUCACCUUAGGAAAAAUUAAAGUAAAAACUGUCAUUUUUGUGACGACAAAAGUUCACAGAGCUAAAAUCUGACUUUAAACAUAAAUAUUGUCUCAUUGCCAAUGCCUAAAUGUUCUCUUUUAAGGCUCAGCCAAUUUUUCCAUUUAAGAGAAAAUAUGUUUAUGGAAAUAUGGGCAUUUAUGUUGAAGAAGGCGUCCACAUCAACACUAUGUUGCCAGAUCCCGACCUGCUUUCGAAAUAAAAAAUAUGCAUGGAGCUGACAACCUUGUCUAGAUUACAAAAAUCCUCAUAACACAUAGCACAAAGACAUCUUCCGUCACAACCAUGAUAAAUGGUCACAACCAUGAUAAAUUGCUUUCUUUUCUAAGAACGUUUUGCUCAAAAGAUCACUUGCUUACUUAGCAAAAGUUCAAUGGGCGUUGCCCUUCGCUAGAUGUUCUCUCCAUGUAACAGAGGUAAGUUGAAUACGUAACAGGGGGUCCCUCGCCCAGGUUUAAAAGAACAUACUGGUCAUUAGCCUUGAAAUGAUCUACCUGCCGAGUUUGCUGAUGAGCUAGCAAGGACACAAAUUUAAAAACACAACAUGUCGUGGAGGGAAAAUACACACAUAAAUAGUACAGAAUUGAAAAUCUAUACUGAGAUCCGCCCCUUUUCUUUGUGCACACUGCUCAAACAACAAACUUGAUACCAAAUCUCCAAACGGCACAUGAUUGAGUGACAACGCCCAUUUGCAAUUCAGCUGAGGCUGAUGUUAAACUAUUUCUCUAAACUAUUUUUCCAAGUUUUCUGCCAAGCUGAUUUUUAAUUAGUUAUGCUUGGUUUUCAAAAACAGAGCUACAGCAACUUUUGACGCCUUUUAUCAUGCUAUUCAUCCGGGACAUUCUCCUCUGCGUCACACCCUACCACUCAUUCUAAUACGGAGUUGUCUAGUUUCCAUACUGCUCGACCUGAUGACGUAAUUAGUCUACCCUAAACCUAACCCUAACCCUUUACUUGAAAAAAUUAAUCAUGCUAAUUUAUGACUAUUAAUCAUGCUUAUUUAUGACUAUUAGCUCGAGCAGUAUGGAAAUUAGACAAUUCCUUCUAAUACACAAGAGUAUGAGAGCUAUAACCUCCUUGUGAAGUUCCGAUACCCAGUACAAAAAGCUAUGAACUAUAUUUCACGAAACUAUAAAUGACAAAAUUUUAAAACUAGCGUAGUGGAGACUCUUUAGGGGUAUUUGUUGUUAUAAUAUCUUUUUAAAAGGAUCUGUAAAUCGAUUGGUCUAACAUGGCCAAAUAUCGAUAAGAUCAACUUGAUUUCAAGCCAUAACCGUCAAGAUCGCAUAUAAAAACAUUUGACAUAAUUCCUGGGCGAUUUUCAUCAAAAUAACGAAUGCAUAUUUCUGGGAAACUUUGGUGAAAGGAUUUAUGAGAUUACAGUGGUUGUUUGACACCUGAACCAUUCAUUGCCAUUUAAAAAAUGGAUUCUAGAACUGUCCUUGAAAUUGUAAGCAAGAAGCGGGCCGCCCACCAAGUUGACCCUAAGAUCGAAUAACAUACCACGUCAAUUUCGUUUUGGCUGAGGGUCUUUCAAAAUAAGCUGUUUCCUAAAGAAAUAAUACUCUUUCGCAGUUACAAUAACGCAACGAACUGAAAUGUUCUUCAUCAAUCAGUUUUGUAAUCAGUUUGUCGGUUGUGAUUCCAAUUCAUCCGAA